UCAUGCCUGGCCUCGAGACCUUCAUCGGCUCCAAGCUCAAGGGCCCGGUGCAGCGGCUCAUGAAGUGGCAGGCCGGCCUCGAGUGCGUCGACGCCUCUGAGAAGAAGGAGGACCUCGAAAGUCAUCAGAUCGUCGUCCACGACGACCGUUUAUAUUUUAGAAUCAUCUACAAGGGCGCCAUCGCCUUCGGCGAGGCGUACAUGGACGGCGACUGGACGCCCGGUACCAAAUUAUUUGAUGUACUGAAGAAGGGCAUCGAGACUGGUAGUCUGGAGUCGCGGUUCCAGGCGUUUUUCAAGUUUAUCCAAUUUUUUGCCGCUAAUUUGGGUUUGUUGAAUCCGCAGUCCAUCUUCCGGUCUCGGAAAGUCGCGAAGAUGCACUAUGAUCUGGGCAAUGAUCUCUACGAGAAGAUGUUGUGUAGCCACAUGCAGUACACGUGUGCGUACUGGAAGGGCUGCAACGACUUAACGUGGACAGGCAACAUGGUAGGAGGAUUAGAACAGGCCCAGCGGCAAAAACUGGACUUGAUCGGCCGCAAGCUCAAGCUCAAGCCGGGCAUGCGCGUGCUGGAGCUGGGCGGCGGCUUUGGUGGUUUGAGCUACUACCUCUGCACGCACUUCGGCGUCUCCGUGCACGCUUGUGAUUUGAGCGUGGAGCACGAGGUCUAUAGCAAGGAGCAUUUCAACCAUGAGAACAAGACGUUCGAGAUCAUCGACUACCGGGACUUCCUCAAGCGCCACAUCCGGGAGGGCACGCCGCUGUUCGAUCGCGUGGUCAGCGUGGGCAUGAUGGAACACGUCGGUCCUCGCAACUUCCCGAACUUCUUCCGCCAGAUCCGGAAGGUCAUUAAACCGCAGGGCCUGUUUUUACUGCACACGAUCGGCAACAGUGUCGACGAUAGAAACCAGGACCCCUGGUUCGAGAAGUACGUCUUCCCGGGCGCGUGCAUCCCGGGGCCCCAGACCUUCUUCCAGCCGGGCUGCAUCGGCGACGGCUGGAAGCUCGAGGACUGGCACAACUUUGGGGUCGACUACAAGCGGACGUGCCAGGCCUGGUGGGACAAUUCUAUCGCGGCGCGCGGUGAGUUACCGGCCGAAAAAUACGACGAGCGCUUCUGGCGCAUGUGGGAGUACUACCUGCAAGGGAGUGCCGCGGGCUUCGCGGCGCGGUCGAUCCACCUCUGGCAGUUCGUCCUGUCGCCCCAGGGCCUGCCCGACGACUUCGAGGGCCGCGGCGGCUACGAGCGCGAGAACUAGAUCCUCCUAUCCAUAUCGAUUUCGUACGGGCCGCCGAGUACAUUUCACACCUAACUUAG